GUGAUUGGGAGAUCGAUCCAUCAAACGUUCCUUCCUCGUCAUCAUCAUGGGCAACAGCGCGUCAGUUCACGAUAGGUGCCGCACGGGAGAUGUCGCGGGUCUGAAGGAACUCUUGCACGCAUCGGUAGAGACGGCAGACGUCGAAAAGGUCGACGAGUAUGGCCGGACGGCGCUCCUUGUCGCUGCAGGAUGCGAUCCGGUCGUCAAGGCGCCUAGUCCAACGCCGCAACAGCAACAACAACUGGACGGCAUCAGUGAACGGUCCGAGAGCGAAGCGUUUCCGUCUAUCGGGUCGGACACAGACCCGGCGACGGGCCAUUCGCUCUCGAUCGCGGCCCAAAAGAAGCAGGUCGUUGUUGACAUGAUCAACCUCCUCGUGGAGAAACAGGCCAACUUGGACCAUCGCGACGAGAAAGGGUGGACUGCGUUGCACUACGCGUGCCAAGCCCAGAACGACGCCGCCGUCGAGUGUUUGCUCAAGCACGGAGCCGUCCCAAGCCGAGAUUCGCUGGGGUUGCUUCCCCAGGAUCUGCUCUUGCACUCUGGAUACCCGGACUCGAUCAAGGUGGCAGAAGACACUGCGGGGAUCCUUCAUCGCGUCACAGGGCCCAGCGAGUACAAGCUCAAGCUGUUAAGUCUUCGAUCGAGCGGGAUUGCCGAGAUUCGACUGGGGGGGCACAUCGAGAAGGGGUCGAUAGUAACCGUCGACCUCGACGUGCCAGCCAACCAUUCGCCCAAGGACUACAUCCAGCUACUGAUAUACAACGAAUCCGGCGACACGUGCGUCGAACUCGGACCUGUCCAAGGGGUGCCAUCCGGCGCCACUGGCAAAGUGUCAUUCAAGUGCGACUACGGCAGCGUCCUUCCCUGCAUCUAUCGAUUCGUCUACGUGAAAUGCGACAUCAACACGAUCUCGCGCGUGGUCGUGGCCAGCGGAUGCACGGCGUCAGUCCAAGCGUCGAUUGGCGAAGUGUUUCAAUAUGAACUGUACCUGUAUGACCGCGUGGUCGAAGUCGAGAGUGUGUCGGAGUACGAGUUCUUUGAUCAGCCCACGAUUGCAUUGAAGCGCAUCGGGAUCGGUACAGCUUUUAUGUCUAUGUACUGGUUCCUUUUUCCAUAUACGUACGACUGGAAUGUCCUUUGACUAGUCCAAGGCACCCCCGACGACAUUGACUGGGUCGAUAUCUUGCCGGAGAACCACAUUGUCGCUGUCAACGACGUUGUGAUUGCCGGCAUGUCGUUUGAAAACUCGAUCCGGCAACUGCAAGUCAACAACGGACACAAAUGCACCAAGCUGCUCAUGCAAAAUUCCGUCGCGCUUGGCGACUUUAUCCAUGAAAAGAUCCUCGGUCUCAACGUGAUUGGAAAGUACGCGAGCUUGUCUCCUGUGGACGUGCCGGUCGCUCCUGCGUCCGCGCCGCCAUCGCCACGGCAGUCGGAAGACGCCGCCUCUGUAUCGCAUGACGCCCUUCCGUUGCCGGACAAUACGUUCCACCCCACCGCCACCGGAUCCACGAGCUCGGAAGACUUUCACGACGCGCUAUCGCCUUCGUCAGUGCAACCUCCCGCGUCGCCACUUCGCGGUGUGUCGGCCACAACGGAGCUCCUCCCCACCACCAAGCAAUUGGUCGGCGAGAUGUUUGAAGGCCUUGCCGUCAAGCCGUGAACUCGGCUUUCAAGCGGUCGAGUAGAUUGUAACGAGUUUAACUUUCAUUGGUGGAAAUCAUUUACCAUCAUUCUGGGGACCGACUUCCAUGAUUCGAUGGAAUACCACCAACAUUCUUGUUCGUUGGUGUAACGGUUGUUUCAUGGACCUUGCAUCG